AUGUCGUCCGACCACUGCAGCCCGUGCGCGAAGAUCGAAUGCAUGGAGGUGAACGACGACGAGUCGGUCGCCCUGAAAACGCUGUACGAACGCAUGCUAGACCAUCGGCCUUGCGGCCCCGAUUCCGAAGCGGCCAACGCAGAUUGCGGCGCGGCGCCGUGCGGCGGCCGCGAGCCCGCGCCGCCGCCCGCACUGCCGUACGACAAGACGGCCGACUGCACCGUGGACAAGUCCAAGACGGUGCUGAAACGGUUCGACACGCUGAUGAUGGCCGCGCUGGAGAGCCGGACGGCCGGCGCCACCGACGCCAACGACAAGGGCACCGUGCCGGACCCGAUACUGUUCAGAAAGUGUCAGAACUUGCCGCCCGGCACGCUGAACUCCGCGCUGUACGGCAUGAGCGUGGAACGGGCCGUGCUGGGCCCGAUGGCCGAGGAGGACAAACUACUGGCGGCGGUCGACGACCUGAUGAUGGCCGAGGCGGCGUGCAAGCACAGCGGCGCGGUGAUGGCGGCCCAGGAGGCGGCCAGGGCACAGCCCGAGCCGAAGCACGCCGAGGACGCGGCCAGGAUCGGCGCCAAGGCGUACAACGCGGCCAACAUGAACGACAAACCGGGCGGUUCGUCCGCGGAGACGCCCAUCGAAGUGGUCGGGUACGUCGGGUGCACCAAACCGCCGAAAGACUACGUGCCGCCGAAAGACGAAUGUCAAUAA